AUGGCGGAGGCACAAACAAUUGUAACACAUAGGGGUGCUUUCAAAUGCACCCGGUUACGAUUUGGGGUCAGCAUUACCCCGGGACUUUUCCAGAACCUGAUGGAGAGACUCUUACAAGGGAUCCCUGGGGUGGUACUCUAUUUUGAUGAUGUCCUAGUGUCAGCGGACAAUCAUCAGCAACUGGGCGACAGACUUCAAAAAGUCCUAACAAUCUUCAGGAACUUGGGUCUACAAUUAAAACUUGAAAAAUGCAAAAUUGGAGUCCCAUCAGUCGAGUUCCUGAGCUACCGCAUUGACCACGCGGGCAUUCACCCCACAGAGUCAAAAAUCAAAGCCAUCAGGGAGGCACCCACCCCACAGGAUAAAUCAGACCUGCGAGCCUUCCUGGGGCUCCUGAAUUUUUAUGCAGUCUUCUUAAAACGAAAGGCCACGGUAGCCGAGCCCCUCCACAGACUCUUAACUAAGAAGACACCAUGGACCUGGGCUUACAAUUACAAGCUGGUCCACCGCCCCGGCAAGGACUUGGGUCAUCCCGAUGCUCUCAGCAGGUGCCUACUGCCGAAGUUGGUGGAAGACCCAACUCCAGGGAAGCGGAUUCAAUAUCAGAGACUCCUCUUAAUGGUGGUUAUUCUGGGAAUCGGAGGAUCACUGCAGGUUGGCUUCCAAGGAUCUAUGAUCACCUAUGCAUCUGUGCACAUCAAAGAGUUCAUCAAUGAGACGUGGUUGGAGAGGUUUGGACAUUCAAUCCAUCCUUCAAUGCUCACCUUAUUGUGGUCUUCGGUGGUAUCCAUCUUUGGCUUGGGAGGUCUCCUGGGCUCCAUGAGCAGUGGAUGUCUGGCUGCCAAAUAUGGAAAGAAGAACUGCUUUUGGGGCAGCAGCGUGCUGAUGGUGGCCAGCACAUUCCUCCUGGGCUUCAGCAAAACGGCCAGGUCUAUCGAACUCAUUCUGGUUGGACGUUUUCUGUGUGGCAUCAGCACAGGUGUUUGUAUCCUUCUUCAUCCCCAGUACCUCGGGGAGGUUUCCCCCAAAAAACUCCGCGGAUUUACCACUUCAACCGCUUCCAUGUUUUGGUGUUUGGGAAAAGUCCUUGGUCAAGUUAUGGGACUAAGGGAGCUUUUGGGAAGUAGAGCCCUCUGGCCAAUGCUGCUGGCCUUCAGUGGGACUGCAGCCUUGAUCCCCUUGCUCACACUACCAUUCUUCCCCGAGUCACCACCUCACUUGCUCUUGCACAAAGGAGACGAAGAAGGAUGUGUGAAAGCAAUGAAGACUUUCUGGGGGAAAGAACCUCAUCGGGCAGAGCUGGAUGAUUUGCGGAAAGAACAAGCGGCCCUGAACAACGCCCAGAGCAAGAGCUUCCUGGAAGUGGUCAAGGAGCCUUCCCUGCGCUGGCAGCUCUAUAUGCUGUUUGUCCUGGCAGUGACCACACAGCUGAGUGGCAUCCAGGCAAUUUAUUCCUACACCUUUGAAGUGCUCCAGACGGUUGGGUUUCACCUUGAGCAGAUCCCCUACUUGGCCCUGGGAGUGAGCCUCUGCGAAUUUCUUUCCACCAUCCUUUGUAGCUUCAUCAUUGAACGAUUUGGAAGAAAGGUGCUACUCUGGGGAGGCUACGCAUUGAUGGGCACCAUGCUGGCUGGUAUCACCUUAGCUCUCUCCCUGCAGCCCUGGUUCUCCUGGAUGCCUUAUUGUUGCCUGUCUUUGAUCUUCUGUUUUGUAUUUGUCUUUGGGAUGGGCCCAGCUGGUGCCACAGUCUCUCUCAGGAUGGAAAUCUUUGAUCAGUCAUCCAGAGCCCCUGCCUUUGCGAUUAGUGGGACCCUCAGCUGGGUUGGAGUCUUUGUGAUCGGAAUGGUAUUUCCGUUGAUGAUGGAAAACUUCCGUCAGUUCUCCUUUCUCAUCUUCAUGGGGAGCCUUUACACUUCAGGAUUUAUUAUUUACUUCUUCCUGCCUGAGACAAAGAAAAAAUCCAUCCUAGAAAUCCGAGAAGAAUUUGAUAAACUUAAUUUUAAGAAGAAACAAAUUCCUGUCGUAGAAGCCAAGCUGACCAAAGACCAUGAAUUAUGUACCAAACUAUGACAAUGCUGGACUCUCAAAUCUCAGAGAAGCCCUGCAUGGUCCAACCUGCAGCUUUUUGGAGGUCCUUUUAGAUGACU